AUGCAGCGAGCCGGCGGCGGGGGCGCCCCUGGGGGCAGCGGCGGGGGAGGCGGCGGCGGCGGGGGCGGCCCGGGCACCGCCUUCUCCAUCGACUCCCUGAUCGGGCCGCCGCCUCCGCGCUCCGGCCACUUGCUGUACACGGGCUACCCCAUGUUCAUGCCCUACCGGCCCCUCGUGCUGCCGCAGGCGUUGGCCCCCGCGCCGCUGCCCGCCGGCCUCCCGCCUCUCGCCCCUCUUGCCUCCUUCGCCGGCCGCCUGACCAACACCUUCUGCGCGGGGCUGGGCCAGGCCGUGCCCUCGAUGGUGGCGCUGACCACCGCGCUGCCCAGCUUCGCGGAGCCUCCCGAUGCCUUCUACGGGCCCCCGGAGCUCGCCGCCUCUGCCGCCGCCACUGCUGCCCGAAACCACCCCGAGCCGGCCGGCCGACGCCCGGAGGGCGGGCUGGACGCUGAAGAGCCGCUGCCCGCCCGGGAGAAAGUGGCAGAACCCCCAGCGCCCCCGCCUGCGCACUUCUCCGAGACUUUCCCAAGUCUGCCGGCAGAGGGGAAGGUGUACAGCUCCGAUGAGGAAAAGCUGGAGGCGCCCGCAGGAGACCCAGCAGGCAGCGAGCAGGAGGAAGAGGGCUCCUGUGCGGACAGUGAGGAGGACGGCUUCCUGGACAGUUCUGCCGCGGGCCCCGGGGCCCUCCUGGGACCUAAACCGAAGCUGAAGGGCGGCCUGGGGACCGCAGCGGAGGAGGGGGCACCCUCAGCGGGAGUCCCGGCCCCUGGGGGCAAGAGCCGGAGGCGCCGCACGGCCUUCACCAGCGAGCAGCUCCUGGAGCUGGAGAAGGAGUUCCACUGCAAGAAGUACCUCUCGCUGACCGAGCGCUCCCAGAUCGCACACGCCCUCAAGCUCAGCGAGGUGCAGGUCAAGAUCUGGUUUCAGAACCGGCGGGCCAAGUGGAAGCGCAUCAAAGCUGGGAACGUGAGCAGCCGCUCCGGGGAGCCCGUGAGAAACCCCAAGAUAGUGGUCCCCAUCCCCGUGCACGUCAACAGGUUUGCCGUGAGGAGCCAGCAUCAACAGAUGGAGCAGGGGGCCCGGCCCUGA